AUGGGUAGGCGAAUGCGAGAAGUUGUGAGUAGUGGAGGUGAAAGUGUGCUUGAGGCGAACUGUCACGUCACAUUACUGAUGCUGAGAGUUGUCGAUGUCGUCGCCAAAACCACCGUGCAACAAUCUGCCCGAAUGCUUGUUGCUGAUGUGCCUGGAGAUGUACAGGCCAAUGUGAAAAUAUCGGUAUUGAUGAUAAAAUUGAUGUUAUUACCAUUUUGUCAGAGCGGUAAUCAAAUUCCCAUUAUUAAGAUUGGAGCGUUGUUUCCUUUACAUCAUCAAAUUGCGGGUACGGAAGGAUGUGGGCAAAUCUGGGAACAAUACGGAAUUCAAAGAACUGAGAUUGCUUUGAGCACUAUUGCUGAACUCAACAACUAUCUUCCGUUCAAACUUGGUAUCAGCAUAAGAGAUUCGUGCUGGACAGAGCGCAUAGCAAUGGAGCAAACGAUAGCGUUUCUUCGAGAGGGUGUUGCUCAGUGCUCCUGCUGCCAAACACCUGGUUGCCAGAAAAAAACAUCGCCGGUUGUUGCAAUAGUCGGUCCAGCGAAAAGCUCCACAACGAUUGUUGUACAAAACCUUCUACAAGUUUUCAAAAUACCUCAGAUAGGUUAUGGUGCAACAACAACAGAUUUAUCGGACAAAGAACAGUUUGGUUAUUUCAUGAGAGUUGUGCCAUCGGACGCUUGGCAAGCUAAAACGAUCGUUACAAUGUUAGCACACUUCAGAUGGACAUACGUGGCUGUUGUUUAUUCAGCUGGAAAUUAUGGCGAAAAGGGGUUCGAGGAACUGGAGCGACUGAAGUCGGAUGAUGUUUGUAUAGCUUAUUCAGAGAAAGUGAAAAGUCUUGCAGAACCGGCUGAAUUCGAUAAAAUCUUGAAUUCACUCAGAAGUCAAAAGUCACGUCCGCAAGUUGUGGUGUGCUUUUGUGAAGGACGCACCAUGCAUGAGAUGUUCAAAGCGCAGAAACGAUUACGUCUUCUUGAUCCCACAAUGGAACCAUUCCAAUGGAUUGGUAGUGAUGGCUGGGCUGAUCGAUUGGAUGUCGUCGACGGAGUGGAACAUGAAGCGGCUGGUAGCUUCUCAAUAAGAAUUCAUUCGCCUAACGUCGCAUGGUUCGAUGAUUAUUAUUUCUCACUGAAUCCACAAACAAAUGUUCUCAAUCCUUGGUUCCGCGAGUUUUGGCAAGAAAAAUUCAAGUGCCAGUUUACGAUACCGAAAGACGACUUGGUCACGAGAGUGUGUACUGGUAACGAAAACCUCACUCUGAAUUACAAACAAGAUGCAAAACUAAGUCAAGUAGUGAAUUCGAUUCGUGUCGUUGGUCAUGCACUUCUAGCGAUGUACAAUGAUCGAUGCCGUGAUAAUACAACAAUAUGUACGGAAAUGUUGGCUAUUAAUGGAACACUUCUUUAUCGAUACAUGAUAAAUGUAACCUUCAUCGAUCAAUUUCAGCAGGAAAUGUAUUUUGACAACAAUGGUGAUCCACCAGCAUGGUAUGACAUAUUAAAUUAUGUGGGGGGUGAGGAUGGAUUCCGAACAGUCGGAGAUUUUCGACAGAAGCGGCACGGUGAUUAUAGACUAGAAAUAUUUGUGGAUAAUAUCAUGUUCUACGACAAGAGCAGCAACGUGCCAGAAUCUGUUUGCAGCAAACCGUGUAGAGUGGGUCAACGACAACGCGGAACGAUUGCAUGUUGUUGGAUCUGUGAGAACUGUUUGGCGCAUCAAAUUGUUAAUUACGCGACAAAUUCUUGUCAGAAUUGUACUCUUGGGUUAUGGCCGGAUGAUAAUCGAACAAGCUGUCAUGCUUUACCUCAUGAAGCGCCGUCGUGGUCGUCUACUGGAAUCGCUCUGGCCUUAGCAUUAGCAUCUGUAGGUAUCAUCGCAACACUGCUAACAAUUCUUGUUUUCGUACAGCACAAUCAUACACCAGUCGUCAAAUCAACUACUCGUGAACUUUCUUAUAUCAUUCUUAGUGGUAUAAUGGCUUGUUACGCAAUAAGUUUCGCAAUCCUCACACGACCGUCUUUUACGAGUUGCUUCUUAACACGAACUGUGCCUCCGAUUGCUUUUUCGAUCAUCUAUUCAGCGCUGCUCACCAAGACCAAUCGAAUUGCACGCAUUCUUGCGGGUAGCAAGAAACGAAUUCUAACAAAAAAGCCUCGAUUUCUCAGCACAUCCUCACAGGUUCGUCUAUCACAGUGUUAUUCUCGAGAAAUAGCCAACGAUCCAGCUGAUCUUUUGAGGCGUUUGGCCUUUCAGGUGGUAAUAACAUGGAUGUUAGUGGGAAUCGAAUGCGUCAUCGUGGCUGUUGGUGUUAUGGAAGAAAUGCCUCAGGCUGGCUUCGAUCCUUACUAUUUACCACGUCGGAUGGUGCUUAUUUGCUCAACUACGACUUUCGCUUUUCUUUCACCGUUCUUUUGGAACCUCUUUCUCAUCUCACUAUGCACCCUGUAUGCGGUCAAAACACGCAAUUUACCCGAAAACUUCAACGAAGCGAAAUUCAUUGGAUUCACUAUGUACUGCACAUUGGUCGUUUGGUCAGCGUUCAUUGUGCUGCAUUUGGGAACGACAAACAAAGCACUUACGAUGAGCUUUUCAUUCAGUCUUUCAGCGAGUGUCGCUCUUAUAUUAUUGUUCUUCCCGAAACUGUAUAUUAUUUUAUUCCAUCCAGAAAAGAACGUUCGAGCAAGUUAUACAACAACCAAACUGAUCAGAUGUCAUUUCGGUAAUUCACAAGGGAUGGAUAGUAAACACGUUUCAAUAUCAAAAACGAGAACCAGUCAACAAUCCGUUUCAAGCUACCCGACGCGGACAGCAUCUGUACAUAUAAGCCAGAGUGCAUCGCAAGAUGCGUCAACGCAGACGGAAUCUUUGAACUUGUCAUCCAAAUUCUCAAGAACAUUUUCGGUUCUUGGAACAAAGAGAGGAAAUAGGGCAAUGGAUGAAGAGGUCCUGCAGUUGAUUGAUUCAUGCAGACGAUACCAGGACGAGAGAAUGCAAGGUCCAGUCUCGAAUUUGUUACUUGAAGAAAGGGAAGACGAUGAAGUCGGAAGUCUACUGGCUGGUUCGAUUGAGGAUUCAAUGAGAACAGUACUUAGUACUGUAACGAGGGGGUCUGUUAAUGAGCCCGCUGUUUUGCCAGAUGAUGGCUUCGAACAGCUGCUAAAAAGUCGUGGUGUACAACCGGUGCAAUUCACCAUUGCCACUCCGUUAUAA